GCGGGGAGGGGGCGUGGGGGGGCGGGUCGCGUCCCGGCCCAAUGGGAGGAGGCGCGUCUUCCUCUUCCGCCUGACUUCCCGAGCAUGGAGCCCGCGACGGUCGGGGGGCUGCAGCGGGCCUUGCGGGAGAUGGGCUUCGGCGAGGGGCAGGUGGGGGCCGCCCUGCGCGCAGGCUGCCUGAGCGUCCCGGAGGCGGCAGACUGGCUGCUGCGCGAUCGCCCGGACGGGGGUCCCCAGGCGCCUCCUCCCCGUCUCCGGCUCUUCCCGGGGGUCUCGGAGCCCCGCGCCACCGACGCCUUCCAAGCCUCCCGGGCGCCCCUCCUAGUGGACGGGAUGGGGGCAGCUGAGAUCCCCGGGGGGGUCCCGGCCACGCCGGCGUGGGACGAUGAGGCGCAAGCCCGGGAUUUGGCGGAUCGCUCGCAGCUGGUCCAGCAGCUGAAAGCCUUGAAGAGGACGAAGCAGCGGGAGCGCGAGUUGGCCUUGCAGAGACCGACGGCAGCACCGAGCCGGGGCGACAGCAACCCCCCGGCGGGUCCCGGGAUGCGCGCAGGCAGAGGCGAUCCAGCCGCCCGGCAGUGCGCAGUGCCUGCUGGUGAUCCGCCUGCCCAGCGGGGACUCUCUCCGCCGGACCUUCCCGGCCGAGGCCUCCCUGCAGAGCGUCCAGCGGUUCCUCCGGUCGCAACACCCGGAGCUCCCGCCCGCCUCCUCCUUCCUGCAGGCCGCCCCCAAACGGCGCUUCGGACCGGCCGACCUGCCGCUGUCGCUGCUGUCGCUGGGCCUGGUGCCCGGGGCCACCCUCUGCGUCGUCGACCCGGCGUCCGGGGGCGCCUCGCCCCCCCUCGCCCCUCCGGAGCCCCUCCCAACAGAGGGGAGCCCCUGCUUGCAGUGGGCCGAAAACCCCCCUGGCACCGCGCAGGAGGGUCUCUCGAGCCGAGGGGGGGAGGUUUCCUCCCGGGACCCCCAUCGGUGGGGUGAGCGAACUGGCGGCUUGGGUGGGUGGGCUGCGGGCUUGAGCCUCGUUCAUGCGGCUGAUCAGUUAUUCCUCCCUCCAUGGGGAGGGGGCUUUGCCCGUCGCCUGAGCAAGGGAGGGCCCGUCCUGCUAUAGGGGAGCUGCAGGUGGUGGUGGGGGGGGGGUUGUCUUUGGCCUGGGGCAGGAAGGUUUGGGUUGGGGGCUGCAGGGUUUUCCCCAGGCUGGCCUUGCAGAAGAGCUGGGUGAGGGUCUCUGCCUUCCCCUGCUCCCUCCCCCUCCCCCUGUCCUGGUAGGGUGGGACACACACAGCCUCGGCUUCAGGGAGGGAGGGGGCUGGUUCCUCCCUCCCCUAACCUUCUCCACUCUGGGGGUCUCCGGCAGGCAGGGGGCAGAAGCUGGACUCUGCGGAGCCCAUGGAGCAGGACCCGCCGGCAGCCAGCAGGGGGCAGCAGGCGCUGGGGGAAGAGCCAGGCGUCUUGCCUGCUGCCCGCGACAACCCUGCGGAGUCUGGCCAUUGGUGGCCGCAGGAGGGCCACCGGCUGCGGAGGGAAGCCGAGGGGAGCAGCCCGGCACCCCUGCCCCUCGCCGUAGCCCGGGCAGCCGAGCAGCGCCAACGCCGAAUGCCCGUCCAGGGGGAGAACGGCCAGGUUGGAUCGGGGUCCCCUGCAGCCUCGGUUUCCCUUCCGGUGCCUUCGCUGUUCAGGCUGUGUCUUCAGGGGGCGGCCAGCCUCAUCUCAGCCCCCAGCAAGCAGUACCGCGGCAGCCUGGCCUCGCUGCCUCCCGGUCUGGCCCAGGUGUUGCUGGAGCACCUGGUGGGAGAGGCUCGCCUGCACCCUGGCAGCAUGCGGCUCUUCUCCGGCUGCCCCCUGCGGACCCUCCGCCUGGAUUGCUACCCCUACGCCACCAACCGGCUGCUCGGGGGGCUGCCAGCGUUUCCCGGCUUACAGCGGCUGAGCCUCUUCGGCUGCUCACUUAUCACAGACCAAGGUCUGUCCGCAGUGCAGCGUCUUUUGCACCUGCAGCAGCUAAACCUCUCGGCCUGCGUGAAGCUGAGUGACAACUGCCUGCCGUUCCUGAAAGGGCUGCCGGAGUUGUCCCACCUGGCGCUGGACCAGACCGGCGUGACGGAUGCCGGCCUGAGGGGGCUCCUCCUGGGGCCUCCCUCCGCCCUCUCCCACCUGAGCCUCAACCGGACGGGGGUCACCGAGCGCACCCUCUGCCUCCUGCCCCACUGCGCCCCCAAACUGUGUGAACUCGGCCUCAAGCAGACCGGCAUCAGCGACGUGUCUGCCCUGCGUCACUCGGAGGCCCUGCGGAGGCUGUUCCUGGAUGACACCCCCGUGAGUGAGGCCUCCCUCGGGACCCUCGCCUCCCACCCGGCCCUCGGCUGCCUGACCCUCUCUGGCGUCCAGUCGGUCGCUGGGGAUCGGGCUCUGGAGCUGGUCUCAGCUCUGCCCCUGAGCCGGCUGGGGCUGCCGAGCCGCCACACAGUGACCGACGUUGGCCUGGCUGCCGUCUGCCGACUGUCCGGCCUCCUGGAGCUGGACCUGACCGACUACAUCCACAUCACGGACGAGGGGCUGCGGGCGUUGCCUGGGCUGGGGAGGCUGCGGCGCCUGUCCCUGGCCAACACGCGGGUGACGGAUGAGGGCCUGCCCCACGUCCGGCCCCUGCGGCUUCUGGAGGAGCUGCGCCUGGACCGCCUGCCCGUCUCCAGCGCUGGCGUGGCCCACUGCCUCACGGGCCUCCCCCACCUGCAGGUGCUGAGUCUCGCUGGCACAGCCGUUGGAGACCCCGUAGCCAGGCUGGGCCUCGCGGAGUGCCGUCGGCUGCUCAAGCUCAACCUGAGUGAUACCCGCCUGACUGACCAAGGGCUCCGCCUCCUGGCUCAGCUGCCCCUUGUCCAGCUCAACCUCGAAGGCUCGGGGGUGACAGCUGCCGGUGUGGCCGAGCUUCUGGCCGCCUGCCCCACCCUCGCCCGCGUCCGCAGUGGCCGCCUGAGGGUCUUGUCUCCGACGGAUGAGGAAGAGCCCGGCCACUAGGUGGCACAUCUGUCCCCGCGAUACCGGGGAGAUGCCUCAGCUGGCUUGGAGAUUUCGCCUCUCCGGAGAUGGAGAAGUGCCAGGCGGAGACUUGGGGUCCAUCCGGCUGCUCUUGUUUGGAAGGGACCUCGGAGGUCAUGUAGUCCAGCCCCCUGCCUGAGCCGGCUUUCCUCUGGAGAAACUGCUGGAGAGCCUUCCUGCAGACCUCCCCCCCCCCUCGGCCUUUGAGGAUGAGCUGAGGGGAGGGUUUGCAAGAUGGUUCCUGGGGGGGGGGGAUAGGAAGACGUAAAGCCCCCUCCCCAGUUCAGGGGCUGCUGCGUGUGUCCAGGAAGAGCCCUGGGAAGCCACAAUCUUUGUGCCUUGACCGUGUCCAAUAAAACCGCUGCUUGUUCUGACUCUU